AUGUUGUCGGAAACUACCAAGAAAGAAGCCCCAAAACGACCAGCGAAGUGGGGGAGGGAUGAGGAGUGGUAUGCGUGGAUAAUGCCGGCUCUGAAGUCGCGUCGCAUGUUGAAGACAUGGCUGAGGUGCUGCGCCACUGUAUGCGUUUUGCUGGUGCUUAUGGUGGUGCCGGGGCCGUCGUUGACGAUGGGACAGGCGUCAUUCUUCGCUGUCAUCCUUGCGGUCAUGUUGCCGCCGAAUUUUGCCCUAUCUGUGUUUAUCAUGGCCUUGACGACGCUCUUCCUGGGAAUGCUUAUCGGAUGGGCAUGGGGAAGCGCCGCGAUGGCAGCGGCUCAUGCUGCUCGAAGUUCAGCCCUGUUGGCACAGCAGCAGCAGAAACUGCAGUCGUCGCUUGAUCCAAACCUCCCUAUUGGCCUACAGACGCAGUCUGCGAUAUGGCAUGGGCUAUUUCUGGAUACACGAUCAACAGUGGUGUACGGCGUGUUUCUUUUCGUUGGGACGUAUCUGCUCGGAGCGAUAAGGGCGUUCAUACCGAAUCUUGCGUUGCUGAGCAUUUUCGGAACGAUUGUCAUCGAUGUGUUUUGUACAUCAGCUCCCCUCCUUCCCACGACGCAGUACACGCUUCCCAAGGCAUUCAUUAUCCCUGCAUGCUUUUAUGCUGCCGUCGCCAUCGCGAGCAUCGUUUUCAUCUUCCCCGAGAGUCUGAGCCAUGUCUGGUUAACGCUAUUCCUAGACGAAUUUUGGAUGCCAACCUUGGAUCUCUAUCGUCUUCAAAAUGAAGCCCUCAGUACGAGGCCUUCCGACCACGAAAAGUGGGAGGACAUGGACGCUCGAGGAGCUGUUCUGCGAACUCGGUUGAUUGAAGGUGUCGAAGAGCUCGUUCAGAGGAUUGGGUUGAUUGACCUCGACUCCUCACUCGGACGCCUCGGCCCUGCUGACUUGAAGAAGUUUAGUGCAGAGAUCAAGUCGAUGAUGUUCCGCGCAGGUGCCCUCCACUCUUUCCAGGUCUUCGUGAAAGAUGCGAACACUUUUGUUGCCCAGGACAAACUUUCACAGGGCCGGAGCCGUGGGGACGCCACCCCCACCCGUUACCAAGCCCUCCACCGCAAAAUACGUGCGCGCGAAGCCCAGCACGGGCACGACCUGGAUUCCCUUGUGCCCAUCUUGGCUUCCUGCUCCGCCGAACUACGAGGCGCCUGCGAGAGCAGCUUGGUCUGUAUCAUGGAUUGGUUCAGGAUCUGCAACACACGCCGGUGGUCCACGUUUGUCUUCCGUUCGACGAAGGAACAGAUCGCAGAACGGCACGAACGGGUGGUCGCGACACUUAAAGCGUUGGAGGAUGCGUUGGAUGAGUUCAGGAACGUGCAGAGGGUCAAGCUAGUCACGCCUUUCGAAGACUUUUUCGAUCCUGUCACGAAGAAGCUCCGUCAUAAUUCUGAUACCUUUGCCACCAAGUCGCUCUUUAUCUGCUUUGUCUUUAUCGACACGCUCGACUCCUUCUCCGAGCGGCUCGUCAAGUUGCUCAAGACAAUCGCUGAGAUCGAUUCCCAGCGCUCACAGCCCCGAUUUUGGUUCCCAGGCCGGAUUGCCAAGGUCACGGAGAAUAUCGCGAGCGGGGAGUUUAAAGGCGCUGGAGGGCCGUUCUCUAUGGGCACGGCGGACGACCCGACAGCGUUCAACACUCCGAGUGAUAGGAGCACGACGGACUUGUUGGAGCAGGAGGAGAAGGCGACGAUGAAGGCGGAGGAGAAAGAUAUCGCAGAGGCGCCGAAGAGACGUGACCCCGACGCGUUCCCACCUACAACUGCCUUCGGACGUUUCUUCGUCAAGUUGGCGGCGUUCUUCCGCUUCUUCAAGUCAGCCAAGGGUAUAUUCGCGCUGCGCGUCGCGAUUGUCUCCGUGGCGCUUUGGAUCCCGUCUGUACUACAUUCGAGCGCCUGGUUUUACUACGAGAACAAGGGCAUGUGGGCUUUGAUUAUGGCUCAGACAGGCCUAGCCGUUUAUGCUGGCGAUCAGAUUAUGGGCUUCUUCAUUCGUCUCCUUGGGACGAUUAUUGGCUUGUUGCUUGGUAUCGCCGUAUGGUACAUAGGAACUGGGAACGGGAACGGUAAUCCAUAUGGCAUCGUCGUUGCUUCGACGGUUUUCCUCGCGCCGUUCGUUUUUACGAGAGUCGCUGGUCCGCCCUCGCAAACAGCGAUGUGGACCAUGGUCCCGACCACUAUUCUAUUCGUCGUCGGCUAUAGCUGGAUCAACGCAAACCACCCCAGUCUCGGUUCACCUGGGGUUGGUAUCACCCUGAGCUGGAAGCGAGCUCUACUGGUCAUCAUCGGAUUUGCAGCUGCCUUCGUCGUGAUGGUCUUCCCCAACCCCAUUUCAUCACGCGUCCUCGUCCGCAAGACUCUCGCUGCGACAAUCGGGGAAACUGGAAACAUCCUUGCGGGUGAAAUCGAAGCUUUCCUUGCAGAGGAGGCCAAGGCCCGUCGUGGGGAAUGUGACGAUCCCUUAGUUGCCACAGACGGAAGAGAGGCGGAUGAGGAUAAGGCGUCGCCGAAGGAGCGCAGGGUGAGGAAGAUUGGGAAGAGAGUGCUUGCUGUUUCGAUAAGAUUGAAAGAGCUAUACGAGUCGCUGACGUUCGCCAGGUUUGAGCCUCAGCUAGCAGGGACAUGGCCAAGUGAAGAAUACGAGAGACUUUUCGAUCUUCAAGCGAGAUUCUGGGAGGGCUCAUAA